AUGAGCCAAACAUUUUUUUGCCACUGUCUCAACGUGACCAUUCGCGGAGAUUUAGCUGGUCGACAGCAGGUCAACGAUUCCAUUCCGGGCGAACUCCAAAGCGAGUCCUUCAAAGCCGCUACGCUUCUCGCUGUGAAAGCCGAUGACAUCAAAGUUAACCAUAACUACCUGAGCUUGAAGCGCAAUAUUUCCAACUGGCAAAUUAACUUUUGUGCAGUUUGCGAGAAAGAGACGCAUGCCGUUCUCCUGGGAGGUGAUGACUCAAGUGGCUUAGUCCUCAACAACAUUCAGGAGAUGGAUAUGAUUAUGGCUGAUCCAGCGUAUUCAGCCAUUUUCGGUAUUCGAAUUGCCCAAAAGGAAUCUUACCGAAUUCCGGGCGAGAUGGGCAAGAUUUUUUCCGGUGAACUAAUGGUUGAAUCUGCAAUGUCAGAGGUGGAAAUGGAGGCUUCAGCCAAAGUUAAGCAGUCGCUCUACAUUGAACAAAUCAAAAUGGAUGAACGCAUAAAAGAGUAUAUUCGCAAGGAAAAUGGCAAGUACGAAGAACUGUGCAAAUCGGCUCAGAAGGAAAAGAAUGACUUUAUGAAAAUGGUCGAAGCCAUCAAUCGAAGUCCUGAAAUGAUCGACUACUCGUUCGACAAAGAAUCCACCUCAGAACUUAAAGUCGAAACCAUCAGCUACAGUCACGAGAAGAAGGAGGACUUUUUUCUUGGCGAAGAAGCAAGCAUGUUUGAAAUCAGCUCGGAGUCUUUUAGCAAGCAAACUGGCUCUUCUAAAGAAGGACUUUCAUUUUCUAAGCGAGAGCUGCGAUCGGCUGAUUUUGACGGCCUCUUUGACAUGGACGACAUCGAAGGCGAUGGCAAGGGAUCACAUCUGAAAGGGGGCAAUCUUUUCGACGAUGAUGAGGAUACUGCUCAAAAGGAAGAGGAUGCAUUUUUGAGUAGUAUGAAGGACUCUGAAGACUACGACCAAGUAUUGCCACUAGCUGAGUCGGGCAACAACAUCAUGUCCAAAGACGGUGGUGUGCGCACUCGAAAGAUGGCCUCUUCCGUCAGUCAGAACGUCCCCCUGGUUUUUCCAAGUCGACUUGGUGGCAACCCGGACCUCUAUGGAAAUUCCCUGCCCAUCAUGAUUCCUCGACAUAUGUCUGCCUUGACUGAAGACCAUGAGGACAACAUAACUAACCCCAACGAUUCGAUUGCCGAUCGAAUCCAGAAACUGGCCCGAAGUGUUCGCAACAACGUACCGGAAUUUCUCGACGACCGACCUCGUCGACGACUGAACACGGGUGAUCUCGUAAAAUCACAUGUGAAUCUGAACAAGUGGCGCAUUGCCAAUAACGACCUCAAUCUAAAGCGAAUGAUUGCCAAUGAGUUUGUGGUGCGCUUCGUUGACAUGAUGAAGCGUGAAUACGGCCAUCAAUUUGAGCCGCUCGUUAUUCAGGAGACGCAGUUUGUAAAGCUGAAACACUGGG